AAAAUGUUUUGACAGAAAUGUUGCGAUUUUCUCACCCGAUAAGAAGUGAGUUCAGCUGACGUACUUUUGGUUAUCUAAAAUGAGACUGCUACUGUGGGACCGGUGUUCAGUGCUGUCUUUAUAUUACGACUGAGAGACGGACGGGUGUUUGCUAUGCAGUAUUUUUAUAAGUUGACUUGAGAGAAAAAAAAACUGAAAUGGAAUCUACGGUAGCAUUGGGUGAUAUUUGAAAUACAAUUAACAAAAUGUGUUUCCGACAGUUUUAUACUAGUAUUAAGUUCAAAUGUUGGCACCAGCAAGAUGACGAACAUGUCGAGUUGGUCAACCGCGUACCUUUGAACGAUCGUCGACAGGAGCAUGACGUCUUUGCUGGGCCGUCUACUAAUUCUCAGGAUGGGCAUCGAAGCCGUUUUAAACUGACGUACAAUAUACAACUACCCUCAGAGCAUACAUACUUAGGAAAACUGGAGAGAGUCGACAGCCUCGAACGGCUAGAGCCCGGAUCAAUCCACCGCAUUCCGAUCAGUGGCCAUCAUUCGAUAGUAUACCCAGGCGAGACGAUUCCACUGAUACUGACCAAUUCGUUAAUGAAUUUUGAUGGGCGAAGCGAAAGUAACCGAAUUGGGUUGGUUUUCUGGGAGCAUCCUUACCGGCAACGGAUCUUCGGAGUGGUAUGUCAGGUACGCGGAAAAGACAUACGGGAAUCAAUAAUAGUACUGAAGACUGUAGCACAACAACGAUUCGAACUCGUUCCUCAGCAAGAUGGUUCUCUGACCAGAUCGGUUCGACGUGAAGACCGUGCCCACUAUUAUGCUCAGGUUAAAAUCCUACCGGAAGUGCUACUACCGGAUCCUUUAAUGAACUUCUGUACAAAUAACAUGGUCAAAAUUAACAACAUUAAUCGGAAUCGUUUGCUGGCGGCGCAAUCCAGCGUCUGGCCGAAGUUUGUCUACGAUCAGUACGGAUCGGAAAAAAUUCUGAGCAAGGUUGGACGCUUCCUGGCGUUUCUUCAGAUAGAAUCCGUUCCAACUGCCGAUCCGGUAAUGUUGUCCUUUUGGCUUGCCAGAAACAUUCCACUUAGCGAAUCCGAUCGUAAGGAGCUUUUUUAUUCCAACUCUGUUCUCACCCGGAUGUUGCUGAUUAACAACAUUCUUGAUUACACAUGUGCAUUUUGCUGCAAAAAGUGCGACCGCCAAAUCGCUAGCUAUGCGGAUAUGUUUGCCAUGUCCAAACAGGGUGUUAGUAUAAGCUAUUGCAACUCAUCGGGAUUCGUUCAUGAAACGUUGACCGUGUACAGAACGGUGCAGAAAACGACUCGCACGACAAGCAAACCGUCAACGGAGUUCAGCUGGUUCCCUGGCUAUUCGUGGCAGAUCGCGAUUUGCAACGCAUGUAACAACCACAUCGGAUGGAAGUUUGUGGCCACCAAGCGUAGCUACAAGCCGAAAAAAUUCUACGGUCUGUCCGCCAAGAGCAUCCGGGUGGCUACGUCGAACCGAAAACCAGCGGACAACGAGUCGGAACCACUCGCAAAGGAUGUCAGUGUAGUAGCAUAAUUUUUUUAAAUCCCGCUAGCAAAUUACAACCGAUCGAGACUGUAUAAGGAACCAACCGUAACCGUAACAGAAAUUUACACACUGAAAGGAUUCUAUGAAAUAAAAGUAUUCAUUCUAUUGUAUUUAUCAUCUCCUAGGCGUAGAUGUGCAUUUGUUUUUGAACGUGAAAUUAAAUAAAACAUCAGUAUGAACUCUAA